AUGGCGCAGAGAUGGACUUUUGAGGCUCCAGUUAACGUCACUGCAACUUCUCUGUUCAAAAAUAUGCACCUUUUCCUUCUUGCUGGCAAUCAAGAUGUUUACAAUUAUUCCGUUCUCUGGACACCUACAGUCGAUGAUAUCGAUUUCAAUGUUCCAGCAGCCGGAAUGCAUCAGCUGGCAUGGGAACAUAGUUCAAAUAAUACCAGUCCCAAUUCAAGGGAUUUCAGGAUUUCAUUUUGUAUCGCCAGUCUCCUCAAGUACUUCGUCACUAUCUUCUCCCACCCCAUCAUCGACCGCAUUAACUUCAACACCUUUCACAACCUCAGUAGUCUCAGCAACUUCAACAACUUCAGCAACUCCAAGAACUUCAACCACCCCAAUAACCUCAACUAUCUCCCAACAAAUCGCCCAACAAAUCGCCUCUCCAAACAAAUCUAG